CUGCCGCUCAGACCAGUCAAGCCGGUGUUACGAUAGAGGGUGAUGGCUGGGUGUAUAUGCUUGUCCUGACGUGGAUAUUCCUGUAAAAGUAACUGCAAACCAUUGUCUGUGGCAGGUGGGACGCUGUCGUAUCAAAGCUACUGGAAGGCCUAGCUAGAAAUUCUCCAUGGCUUUGUCCACUGAGAGAAGACCUGUUGCUUAUGUAACACGUGUGGAGACCUUCAGCGCUUGCCACAGGCUCCACAGUAAGCAACUUGAGGACGAUGAGAACCAGAGGAUCUAUGGCAAGUGCAACAACCCCAAUGGUCAUGGACACAACUACAAAGUGGAGGUGACAGUUCGUGGCGCUAUAGACGCUGUAACAGGGAUGGUCAUGAAUGUUACUGACCUGAAGACUAUCAUCAACAAGGUUGUAAUGGAUGUGAUGGACCACAAGCAUCUCGACCAUGAUGUUCCAGCCUUCAGGGAUUCCAGUUUGGUGAGCACAACGGAAAAUGUAGCUGUGGUAAUAUUUAAUGGAAUUAAGGACCAUUUGCCUCAACAUGUGACUUUGUAUGAAAUCAAAAUCCACGAGACUGAGAAAAACAUCGUAGUCUUCAGGGGAGAAUAUGAAUAAACACUCAGGAGAAUGUUUAAGUGAUUUUGUGAAUACUAUUUGAAAUUAUUUUACAGAAAUAAUUAGGUCAGUUCCAAUUAUUAAUACACAAAUAACCCGCACAUAAAAGAGAGAAGCUUACGACGACGUUUCGGUCCGACUUGGACCAUUGACUUCGUCGUAAGCUUCUCUCUUUUAUGUGCGGGUUAUUUGUGUAUCGUUCCAGUCACGGUAUUGUGCCUUUUUUGCCAAUUAUUAAUCUCGUGCACUGUUUUUAUUCCAGACUUUCUGCCCACCUAUGACUUUAACAGUAUUAACUUUAUAAAGUUCCUAGUGGAUAGAACGUCCUUGAAAUAAAUAUACCCAACUGUUGCAUAUGUUUUUCUAAUACUGUGCUGUAUAACCCUUCUGGUUUAGCGCUUCUUUUUUUUUAUUAUAAUGAUUUCUAAUACUAUUUCUAUUUAAUCUAAUUCCUCUACUGUUUCUUCUAGUUCAUCUCCAUUCUUUUCCUUUAAUUCUUUUACUCUUAUUUCUACUCCUACCAUUACAUAUUCCAUUAUUUCUAAAACUAAUAGUAUUAUUAUAAUCAUUAGUAUCAACAUAACAGUAACAUCAACACACAGAAUAACGACGUCGACUUCCUUCUCUUUCCUCCCAAUUCAGUCAUUCUGCUCACUUGGUCCAGGAAGAACCUUUCUUCUCGAGUGGAUUUCUUGUGACUUGUUCCAACAAAUAACAAGACACUCGCGUUAAAUUCUAAAGUUCGUUUGCUUAUGUAAAUAAUUUUCAGUGCUAAAGAGAAUUACUUAUUGCAGCACAAUUGUGUAAUAAAAGAAUAUAAAAUAUGGUCAUAUAGCUAGAGUUAUCAUUGAUGUUUAAUAUAAGUAAAGGACUUUUCUUUUUAUUUGAGCAGCAUGCAGCAACGUGUUUGCUGUAUUUUAAAUACAACUUUUCAAUGAA